AUGUGCUUUCUGAAGCCUUCGCCAAUUUUCCGUCCUUCGACAUGGACGUCCGGCCGUAAAUUCCUCGCGUCGCUACGAGGGAUCUCAUCUCUGUUUCCGUUGAAUAGGAAGACGGUAGGAGAAUCUGGAAAUAGGAAGAGUGCUGAAAGCAGAUGGUCUUUCUUGAAUUGGUGGCCUAGCAUUGAUACUGUUAAGCUUUUCCUGGUUCUUUUGUUGAUAUCCGCCAUGUUCGCUGAGAUACGCUGUAUUGUGUCAUCAUCUAUGUGCCCAACCCUUCAGGCCGGUGACCGUGUCGUUAUUGAAAAGGUGCGUUGAAAGGAAUUCGAUAUCUAUCUUCAAUUUCGUGUUGCUUAUUUUGAUCUAAUAUGAGUGCCAUGAGUUAUAUGCUUUUCUUGCUGGAAAUAUAUUGGAAAAAAUGUUAUCAGAUAUGCUGUUUCCGGUAGUUAAUGACGUACAGAAGUGAAAACGGGCUUUGAGGUUGCUAUGAUAAGUUCCCACUGCUAAAGAAGAAAAAAAAUAAAAAUAAAUUAAAUCUCAUAUCCCUCUUCAUUAUUGUUGGUCUUCUGAUUGUGAAUUUCCUGUGCGUCUAAAAAAAGUGGCAAACCAGAAGGUGAAUUUGAUCAACUGGUUUCCCGUGCUCGGAAGGGAUGAUGAAAUUUUUCAUGCACGUUGUUUCUGUUACUUUCAUCUGGUUGGACUUUGUGGGAUUGGCGAUUACUGAGAUUGAACUUAGAACAUGUGCUGCUUUUUCCACUAGUGUUUUAAAAACAUACAGGAGAUUGAGUCGUCCAGGCCCUUACCAGUUUAAUUGAGUCGUCCACACCGUACUUUUGUUGAGUUGUCUGAUUGGACUUUGGGGACAAUUGAGUGGUUUGUGUAAGGAGUUUUGUUUUUUUACAUGCACGGGAAGAAAUUGCAGAGCCAGAACGCCAAACUUGUCUGAAAAGAUGACAUCAAAUAUCAAUCUAUUGAUCCUACGAAGUCUUUCAAAUUCGACGGAGAAAAUCAGGGUUAGUGGAAUCAAUCUUGGCUAACUGGCUGGCUUUCUGCCUGCAGAAAAAUAUUCUGGGUCUAAAGGGGGUCGUAACUUAAUAUUUCCAACCACCGGACAUGGCGGAUGAAGAGGCAUGCCAAAUGGCCUCUAACCGGCAGAAUUUUAUGGUGGUUAGAUGACAUUCGUUCCUGCCAAGACCGAACCCCUAAAGAUCACGUACUGAUAAGAGAGUAUAAUUAGAUCGCAUUAUCUUUGCACAAACCUUUCAUUAUACUUAUGUCUCAAGGAAUAGUGCGGUUGAAGUUAUUGGAAUUAAAAAUAAAUAAAUCUCACUAGCUAACUAGUUAAUAAUUGGUGACAUUUUAUUGGAACGCUGGUGUCAGUAGUUUCUAGGGAGAAUCCUUGAGUACUGUGUUUUGAGAAAUGUUCGAUUGGACAUCUUGUGCGCAUGCGAAUACUUGUAGCAUUUAUUUUCUCUUUGAUCAUAUGUAUCCUGUCUAAAUAUCCUUUAUUCUCAGUCCUCAUAGCAAUUUGUACCGGUUCUUGAAUAUGUAUCUUUUUCCCUAUCCUCAUACUAUUAGAAUUUUUGCCUGUUAUCCACAUAGAUUCUAUAUGCCAAUAUUGGGAUUGCUUUCAUGAAAUCCUUUGUUUGACAAUUUUCUUCUGCUUAUACCCAUCUAUCCGCCAAACAUAUAUUCAUUUCGGACGCAUCUCUGUAGUUUUUUCACUGAUGAGUCACUAAUCAUUCUGUUUUACUGCCAUCUUUUAAUUGUGUGCAGAAAACUUAACUGUGCUUUCUUUUGGAGAUUAGUUGUUUCCUCGUUAUUCUAUUGCUUUCUUUUUGCUGGACAUAAGAAAUCAUUAUAAAUGUUUAUUGUCCUCACGAGUACUUGUACUGCAACUAUAUAUUUUUAUUUCUGAUAAGAAACGAUGAUAUUGGCUAUGUACUAAGCGUUACCUAAUGUUGACUUAAUGUAUACUUUUAUCCUGCUGUUAUGAAUGUUAAGUGGAUAAAGCAUCGCCCUGUCUCGCACUCAGCUACAUGAAUUCUGUUAUGUUUAUAUGCAAAAUAGUUGAUGUAGCUUUUCAGACUUUUCCUUAUAUUUGCUUUUUGCUAGCUGCCUGAGAUUUUUUUAUAUGUUUCGUUGUAGUCGACUGAUUGUUUGAUUUCUUUGCAUCCUCAGGUUUCAUACUACCUCAGAAACCCUUCCAUCAAUGACAUUAUACUUUUCCGACCGCCCAAAAAUCUGCAGGUACGGUUUGCCCAAUGAAUGUUUCAUCUAUGUCCUUUCAAUAUGGAGUGAUUUAGGGUUACGUCCUUGCUGACUUUUCUCUGUAUUAAAUACUCAGGAUAUUGGAUACAAGAAAGAAGAUGUGCUUAUCAAAAGAAUAGUGGCGAAAGCUGGAGAUUUUGUCGAGGUCCUUUAUUUCUGCUUCUUGUAUUUCCCCCUAAUUAAUUGAGGAAGUCUUACGUUAACCAAAAGGGUCAUUUUGGGCAUAUUGGAUCAGUAAUUUUUUUGGUAACAGUUAUUUUCGUCUGCGUAAAUAAAUGCUAAAGUAGUUGGUAUACAUUACAGGAUUUUUUUUGGGGGUGAAAUAUUAUUUAUGUUCAGAUGUGCCUGAAUUUGGCGGAGAGUUUGAUCAUUCUCUUUGGAGGUGGUAAUUGUAAUAUUUUCCACACUAAAAUGGGAUCAAACAGUACUCUGAUCGAAAUGUAGAAACAUAGUAGCGUGUUGGUCGGUCUUUGCGAUGGAGUUUUUUCGCUUAUUUUUUUCGUCCAGAAAAUUUAGAAUUCAAAGAAAAUGAAUUUUGAGUUAAGGAAAGACAAAGAAAUGACCUCAUAAAAUUCGCUUGUUUUGAUCCGUGCUGUAGUGAUUAUUUUAUUCUUAUGCUAUUAAUGAAAAAAAUUCAUUGGUUUUGUGAGGCACUAGAAUUUUGGCAGAUGUGAUUUAGUGGACGGUAGAAAGGAAGUGAGUUCUAUAAAUCUUCAUGCGUUUGUGUGUGUGUGUGUGAUAAAUGAUACAUGUGAGAGAACACCGGCUAAUAUUGGCAGCGGUUCAGAACUAAAUGUUUUUCUGAUCUGGUUGGUAUACGCUUUUGCUUUUCUUGGAAGAGAUGACCAGCCAUAUUCAGUGGAGCUCAUUUUUCUAUAGAAUUAUAUGUAAACCAUGUAACUGCGGUGAAUAUUAUAACUCCUCUCUGGACUAAUUAUGGUACAAAAGAAUUCGAGCCCGAAUCCCAGUUGGAAUUGUCGUUCUGCCCUAAUAUGAACCCGGUUGUAUAACUGCGGCUAUUAUUAUUUCAUGUUAGCUGGACAUUAGGUUGUACUGCUGUUCAACUUUUUGUCGUCGGUAAACCAGCAUAAUUAUAUGCACAACGCAUAUGGAUCCCAUGUAGAUGCCUACUCUAAUAAGCCUGCGUGACAGUGAUCAUCUUCUACAUUUUUUUUUCCAGGUCCGUCAAGGAGAGCUUUCUAUCAACGGAGCUGCACAGAAAGAGAUCUCCACAGCAAGGCAGCCAGCUCACAGAAUCGAAUCUCUAGUGCGUCCCUGAUGCUUACCCUUUCCCAUAUUAGCCGCCCGAAUUUCUCGUACCGUUGUGCCAGCAGAGCCUUCCCUUGAACAACCGAUGGAGCUGGUUGUCGCUUCCGUUGAGAACCCACGUGCGCAAACCAUCUGGAUGAUUGUUUGCUUGCGGAGCAAUCUGGAAGUGAGCCCAUCUAAUGAUUGAGCUCCUUUGCUCUAUGUUGUUGACGCUGAGAACUCAAUGAUACAUCGUAAUGAGAAUGAAGAGUCUCGGAUGGGGCGCCGUCUACUUGGCUUGUUCUGCAGAAGUUGACGUGUUGCUUGGAUUGUGCAGCGUGUGCCGCCCGGCCAUGUCUACGUGGUGGGAGACAAUCGCAGCAACAGCUGUGAUUCUCGUGUUUGGUAAGCCCCCAUAUAUGAUCCGCCUGAAAACACUUCGAGCUUGGCUCAUCUUCACAUCCCCGAGUUGUUCGGCUGCAGGGGACCUCUUCCUCUCUCGCACGUUAUCGGAAGGCACUUCUUUUGCUGCUCAAGGUCCCCUCCUCAGUACCCAUCCAAUGGAAAGGCCGGGAACGGAGAAGGCUGA